UUGACAGCCCCAGCUAGCUUGUCUCAGCGGCGUCUGUCGUGUGCGGGUCGGCACUGGUGUGCAGCAUGGACGCGCACCUCGCUCGCAGCUGGGGUGCUGACCACGUCCAUGGGCGCUGCAGCAGCUGAGGACGCAGGCUUCAACACCAUUGUGCAUGUCGCGCAUGCUUGCGCAUCUGACUCCACAUCGUCGUUCAAUAAUUACAGUAACUACAGUAACCACGUGCCCGUCCAGCCUCAGCGUCGCAUACGCGUAUUGCCGUGCACGCGUGUUGCCGUGCCCACGGCUUUGUCUGGGCUGCACUGUAAGCGCCCGCCCGUCAUCCAGAGGGCGCUCCAGCGGUUGCGUCCCGCCAGCUCUCCAGAGCACGCCUCUUGCUGGACACCGUCGGCCGGCCGCUCGUCUAUCGUGGCUGCGCCGAUCUCCCAUCAGAUCACUAAGACGCUGCCCGUUCAUGCACCCGCCCGCUGCGCCCACCGAGUCCCCGACCCCAGACCGAACCGCUGCUCGCUAGCCCGUGCCCACUCCGCAGCCCACCGCAAUCUGACAGGGAGCACGGAGCGUCCCAAGAGCCAGGCAAGAUCUGCUUGCUGGUCUGCGGCGACGAGCCCUCGUGCGGCGACGCAGCCCGCAGACUUUGGGUCACCACAUUGCCGCCCUGCCGCCCUGCUGCACUGCAGGCAUGCUGCGAUAGGGAGCUCCUGCACCGCGCACCGCCCCUCGACGCCCCGGCGAUAAGCUCCCCUCGCGACACGCCACUCGAGGCCGCGCAGGAGGCCAGUUGCUGCCCAAUCAGGCGCGCGCUCGCAGCAGCAGCAGCAGCAGCAGCAGUAGU